CCAUAUUGUGUCACCUUGUGUGGAUUCCCUUGCCAACAGCAUUACCAAUGCCGUAAUUGGCAACUUUGUGGAGUUUACAUUGGUUCUUACCGCUUGUUGGUAACGCGUAACAAGAAUAACAAAACCAGCCGUUUUUGUAUGCAGAUUUAUUGUAUUCUGCAGUUAUUUAGUAAAAAAGUCGAAACAAAAUGGGUCUUCUUUCGGAUCCCUCAUUGACGCCGCGUGGGAAAUUUGGUCGUAUGUUGGCAAAACACAGCGGCAAAAUAUCUUUAUUUUUCUACGUAGCCGGCUUGGCUUGGUUCGUUUGUCUGGCACACCCCGAUUUCAGCCACGGCACAUACCUUUCGGAAAAUGCCCUCUCACCUGGGCUUGUUGAUCCAGAAAUCGGACAGGAUUCUGUACGCUUUGCGCAAUCUUUAUACGAAGAGUUGUUACGUGAGCGCACUGAUCACAAAUCUACAACUCCGCAUGCAUGGAUAGCGGCAAAGAUGCACCAAAUUGGCCUUGAAACACAUAUACACAAUUUCACUCUCCGCUAUCCUUUUAGCAACGGGAAGGAGUACCAUGGCAAGAAUGUUUAUGGUAUAUUGCGGGCACCUCGCAUUAGCUCCACAGAAGGCGUGGUAUUUACCGCACCUUACCGCGCUGGAAACUCAAUUCACGCAGACAUUACCGCAAGUGUACCGAUGUUAUUGGCAUUUGCCGACUUUGCACGUAAAAAAAAUUACUGGGCCAAGGAUUUGGUAUUUCUAGUGACAGAACAAGAGCAGCUAGGUAUGCAUGCAUGGUUGGAAGCAUACCAUGAAGGUGGCAUCAAGGAUUCGCCUAUUUUGCGUUGUGGAAAUUUGCCAGCACGUGCAGGUGCAUUACAAGCGGCGCUCAACAUAGAAAUCCAGGAUUUAGAUAUUGAUUACAUCGACGUCAAGAUCGAAGGACUAAAUGGUCAGUUGCCCAAUUUAGAUAUGUUUAACUUGGUACAGCGUCUUACGUCGCGUAGCGGCAUCUCAUCUGGUUACAAACAUACACCGCGUAAGAAGCGUCGUUCUUAUCGAGGCUCAUUGGAAGACAAUUUACGCCAUAUGUUGGAGAUGCUAAUGAGUCAAGCUACUGGCAUUCCCAAUGGUAAUCAUGGACUUUUCCACCGUUAUCGUAUCGAAUCACUCACACUUGAAGCUGUGAAACGCAUUACAAACAGCAAUAAUAACAAUCGUUUUGGGACGGGACUCUCACUAUUAAAAACCGUGGAAGGAAUAUCGCGUAGCUUAAAUAACCUGUUGGAACGUUUUCAUCAGAGCUACUUUUUCUAUAUAUUAGUACAAAACGACCGAUUCGUUUCAAUUGGCGAUUUUAUGCCUUGCCUUAUUGCAUUAGCAAGUCCUAUGUUUAUCAAAGCUUUUCUUCUCUGGCUUACCACCACUACUAGUGAUGAAACAAAAUCUGAAGAAAAGGAAUCGUCAGUCCACGAAGAAAAAUCGCCAAUACAAUUGCCAUACAUUACGGUGCUGCUUUACAUGGCGGCGGCGCUAUUAUUGGGCUUUCUCUGCAACGCCUUGCCGUUUAGCCAACAAGUGAGAGAUUACUUUACGGCCAUUGGUAUUAGCACAAAAAUGAGUGUUAGUUUAAUUUUGGUUGCGCAAGUGUUAUUUGGAAUACUGAUGCCAAUAUUUUACACUCUUCCGGAGAUUGGUCUUCAAUUACUAAAUAUAGGAGCGUUAAUAUUUAUGGGUGUGACGUUGAUUGUCACUGGACUACUGAAUUUCGCCUUGGGCUUUAUUCUGGCUACGCUAAUAUCGCCCUUAACGGUAUUGAUGGACAGCGAGGGCACUAAAGGCUUACGCCAAAACUUUACACGGAUAUAUACAUUUUUACUAAAUCCAAUUGUAGUUAUCUAUUUGCUGGUGCUGUGGCUAACAUUAUUUGAAUUUCCAGAGUUAGCACUAAGUGAUGUGGCUAGGCGUGCUUUUGGCGCUACAGUGGAUGCAAUAACAUUUAGUAUAAUGGAUAGUAUUAUUUAUGGUAAUUGGCUGUACACAGCGGUAGCUGCCGUAUAUUUCCCGCUUUGGAUACUGUACUGGACCUUAGCUCUCGGCCGGAAAAGCACAAGUAUUACAUUGAAUAAAAAAACUGAUUAAAUUUUAACCAGCAACUAAAAUAUUUAGUACUUGCAAUGAAAAAUUUUAUAUUAAAAAUAUUCCAUAUAUUUAUUCAUAAUAGAAUUAAUUUAAUAUAUUCUAUGAACACCAAAUAAAUAUUUCACUUAAUAUUU